UUCAUUUCUACUGCUUUAUCCUUGUUAGAGAAAACAGUCGGCUCCUAUCUCCAUCGAAGAAGCUAAGCCGCUCCCAUCUCCAUCGAAGAAGCUAAGCUGCUCCCAUUUCCAUCGAAGAAGAAACGUGUUGACCAUCUCCAAGCCUCCAAAAUGGAAGAAAGUCAUACAUCAAACAACCAUGUAUUAGGACAAAGUUCUUUAAAUUCAAAAUGUUUCUUAAGGAGAAAGUCCUUAAAGUGGUGGUUCAAUGCUCAAACAUGGUUUAUGGCGAUCAUAUUUUGGAUGUUUGUUUCAUUAUCCACAAGGCGAAGGCGAACACGGGGUAUUCGAUAUAUAAUAGAUAAUCAUUCCAAAAGGGAGGGAUAUUUUCAAAGAUUAGUACACGGACCUGAAUCAAAUUGCAUUUCCCAAUUAAGAAUGUGUCGUGCUGCUUUUUUCAAGUUGUGUGAUAUGUUGGUUACAAAAGGUGGGUUGAGGCCAACCCGACAUUUGAUAGUAGAAGAACAAGUAGCUAUAUUUCUACUUGUACUAUCCCAUCAUCACAAAAAUAGAACCUUAAUAACUGACUUUCAAAGAUCUGGGAGAACAGUAAGCAAAUGUUUUUCUGCUGUAAUACAUGCGGUGUUACAACUUCAUUCUACCUUGUAUGCUAAACCUCAACCAGUUACGAUGGAAUGCGAAGAUGAUCGAUGGAGACCAUUUCAGAAUUGUGUGGGUGCACUGGAUGGAACUUAUAUUGAUGUCCAUGCAUCACCGAAAGAUCAUAAUCGUUUCCGUUCUCGAAAAGGAAGGAUUGCUACAAAUGUCCUUGGUGUGUGCAAUCCACAAAUGCAGUUCAUAUAUGUGUUUCCUGGAUGGGAGGGAUCAGCUGCAGAUGGUAGAGUUUUGCGUGAUGCCCUCACUAGAAGGUUCCGAGUUCCACAAGGUUGUUACUAUUUGGUUGAUGGAGGUUAUGCUAAUUGUGAAGGAUUUCUUGCCCCGUAUAGAGGGCAAAGGUACCAUUUGUCAGAAUGGAAAAAUAAUUGUCAUCCGCAAAAUGCACAUGAGUAUUUUAAUAUGAAGCACUCACAAGCUAGAAAUAUUAUUGAGCGUGCAUUUGGAUUACUUAAGAAUCGAUGGGCCAUCUUACGUAGUGCCUCAUGGUAUUCUAUACGUAUGACAUGCCAGAUUAUAGUUGCGUGUGCUCUACUACAUAAUUUCAUUCGACGUGAACAUGAUAUUGAUCCAAUGGAGGAUGAUGAAAUAGAAGAAGAGGAAGAUGUAGAUGAAGAAGAUGAAGAUGAACCUUUUGGGGGGGCUAACUUAAUUCCUACCGAAGCAUGGACUACAUUUUGAGAGGAUUUAGCAACAGACAUGUACAAUGCUUGGAUUUAAUAUAUUAUGUAAGGUGACUUUGGAUUUAUUUUAUCAUGUAAGGUGACAUUGGAUUUAAUCUAUUAUGUAAGGUAACUUUUGAUUUAAUCUAUUAUGUAAGUUAACUUUGGAUUUAAUGUAUUAUGUAAGGUGAUUUGGAUUUGAU